AUGCCAACAGUGUCUAUUGGCAGACGUGUCCAGGAUCCACUGGCUGAACUUGUAAAGAUUGAUCCAAAACACAUUGGUAUUGGUACAUAUCAGCACGAUGUGUCAGCUGGUGCCCUGAAAGCAGCGCUGGACGGAGUGGUGCAGGAAUGUGUGAGCUUUGUGGGGGUGGACAUCAACAUCUGCUCCGAGAUGCUGAUGAGGCAUGUGGCAGGCCUGAAUGUGGGCCGGGCCCGCAAUAUUGUUGAGUGGAGAGAACAGAAUGGUCCUUUCAAAAACAGGGAGCAACUCAAACUGGUCAAAGGCAUGGGACCCAAAACGUACCAACAGUGUGCUGGCUUCAUCAGGAUCAAUCCCCAAACCCUAAACAGGUACACACUCAGUUGUAUAUACCGAGAUGUAAACCUGCACAGGCACAACUGCAUUGGUCAGAAAUGGUUUCAGGGUGCUUUUGUCAGGACCUCAACUCAGCAUGCACCAGCUGUGCCAGAGAAACCAGCCGCUAAGAGGGGCAAAGGAAAGGCUGGUAUCACCGUGCCAACUUCAUUAAACCCUCUGGACCAAACCUGCAUACACCCAGAGUCCUACCAUGUGGCACAGAGAUUUCUGUCAAUUGUGGGUGGGACUGUGGACCACAUAGGAAGCACAGGCCUGCAGCAGCGUGUGGAGAACAGGCUUAAAAUGAGCAGUAUGGAGGAGCUCGCCCAGUCUGUGGACACCAUACCUGAGACCCUCAAACUCAUCAUAGAUGGCCUCACGCAGCCACCAGGAUUUGACAUAAGACAAAAUUUUGGGCAGGCGGACUUUAAGCGGGGCGUUGUGUCGAUGAGUGAUCUGCGGGUGGGCGCAGUGCUGACCGGCCGGGUGGACAACACAGCCCUCUUUGGAGCUUUUGUAGAUAUCGGUGUUGGCCGCUCAGGCCUUAUCCACAAGAGCAACAUCACUCCUGACAAGCUGCCUGUCAGCCAGCGCCGUCGCAGCCUGGCUCUGGGACCCGGGGAGCGGGUGGAGGUCCGAGUCCUUAAUGUCGACGUUCAAAGGGGACGGAUCGGGUUGGACUUGAUCCGGGUCUUACAGUAG